GUGGUAGAGAAAAUGAAGCUCAGCUGGGAAUAAAUUAAAGAAAUUCAUCGAUCCUCGUAGCUAAUAAGCUAGAAGUUCCAGAGUCAAGAGUGGGCAGGGCUUAUAAUUUCCUAUAUUUCAAGGCGUGUUCGUCACAACUAUUGGUAUUAUUUCCAUCAACAGUCUAAAGAUAUACACACUGCUGCUUAUAGACACGAGAAGGGCCUUAUCUAAAAGGAUAACGUAACUUUGUAUUCAGGAAGAAACUUUGUAACAGAAACUUUAGAAAUUUGACUGGUGUAAAUUGAUUGUUGUUCACAGAAACCAGAAAAAUGGAAAUGAAAGCAUCCGUAGUUUUAAGUCUAUUAGUAGCUUUGUUGUUGGCAGCUCCAAUAUUUUGUCUACCUGCAGAUCAAGGUUCAGAUAUGGAGGAACUCGAGAAAAGACCAAAAUAUAUGGACACCCGUGAAGAAUUAUCGGUUUUGAAAGACAUGGUUUACAUAACUCUACAAGAGCUGGCUGAGGAGGGAAAAAUAGACCCCGAAGUUCUUACAACCCAUGACCAGAAAGCUGUUGUUAAGAGGAUGAAAUAUAUGGGAAUCUGCAUGAGAAAGACGAAAUAUAAUGCUUUAGUACCAUACCCAUGUCUCCGACAAGGUAAUUGUUAA